CGGCGGCGGGACAAGCGGGCGGGCGGGCGCAGCAAACCGGGGCGGGCGGGCGCAAGGAGCCGGGGCGGGCGGGCGCAGCAAGCCGGGGCGGGCGGGCGCAAGGAGCCGGGGCGGGCGGGCGCGGCGGCGGGCGCAGGAAGCGGGGCGGGCGGGCGCGGCGGCGGGGCGGGCGGGCGCAGGAAGCGGCGAGGCGGCCGAGAGCCAUCGGCGCCGGGACAAAGGCGCGGCCGCCCGGCGCCCGAGCCCCCAGCAGGGGCGCACCCCGGGGCGCAGCCCGCGCCCCCGCCUCUGUGAUGUUCCCACAAAGCAGGCAUUCGGGCUCCUCGCACCUCCCGCAGCAGCUCAAGUUCACCACCUCCGACUCCUGCGACCGCAUCAAGGACGAGUUUCAGCUCCUGCAGGCGCAGUACCACAGUCUGAAGCUGGAAUGUGACAAGCUGGCCAGUGAGAAGUCUGAGAUGCAGCGUCACUACGUGAUGUACUACGAGAUGUCUUACGGCUUAAAUAUCGAGAUGCACAAGCAGGCGGAGAUCGUGAAGAGGCUGAAUGGGAUCUGCGCCCAGGUGCUGCCCUACCUUUCCCAGGAGCACCAGCAGCAGGUGUUAGGAGCCAUUGAGAGGGCCAAGCAGGUGACAGCGCCCGAGCUGAACUCCAUCAUCCGGCAGCUCCAGGCCCACCAGCUGUCCCAGCUGCAGGCGCUGGCCCUCCCGCUCACGCCGCUGCCCGUGGGCCUGCAGCCGCCCUCCCUGCCGGCCGUGGGCGGCUCGGGGUUGCUGUCGCUGUCUGCGCUGGGCGCCCAGGCGCACCUGGCCAAGGAGGAGAAGAACGGCCACGACACCGAGGCCCACGCGGAGGACGACGGCGACAAGUCCGACUAGGCCCCGGGGGGACAUGGGGGUGCGGGGGGCGCCUGUCCGGGCUGGGGGGCCCGUCGCCUCCCCCCGGGCCCCUCGCAGUAGUAUUUAUAGCACCCGCCUGCCUGGCCGUGGGGGGCCCCGGCCCCUCCCGGCCGUCUCUGCACCCCCAGAGCGUGCGUGGACCCCCGCCCGACCCCCCACCCCCAAGUGGGCCGGGGCGCCCUGACUCUCACCCCUGGCUUAUUGGGGCCCCCACCCCGGGACACACACAGACGCCCCCAGCACUGCAUGCAGACACGCUAGCUGCCCCCUGCCCGGGCACCCCUCGUGUCUCCCCCGCUCCCUCCGCCAGCCCCAGACACCCCCACACAGAGUCCCCCCCAGACAGCGGGGAAGCUAGCUUGACUGGGACAAGGCGCUGGGCGGGCGGGGGCCCGGGGCGCCCCGCAAUUCUGUCCCCUUCCUCCCCCAUCACAGACCCCCCAAUAAAUAUGAGGGUACUUGA